AUGAACUGCUUGGAAAAGAAGGAGAAACCUGCUGCCAAAGCUGAGGAAAAGAAAUCUGCCGUGGAAGCUACGCCAGAGCCAUCAGAAGAGGAGCUUAAUCCAUAUUAUAUGUUCCCUCAGCCAGAGCAAAAUUUGAUGGUUCACACAGAAGUCUUUUAUAGCAAUGGUUCUGUGCUCAGAUGUAACAACAACAAGGAAGUGCUUGAUAAACAUCUCAAGGUGACUGGAGGGAAAGUCUAUACCCGGUUCCCACCGGAACCAAAUGGUUACCUACAUAUUGGACAUGCAAAGGCUAUGUUUGUUGAUUUUGGUCUUGCAAAGGAGCGAGGGGGCUGCUGUUAUCUAAGAUAUGAUGAUACUAAUCCCGAAGCAGAAAAGAAAGAGUACAUUAAUCACAUUGAAGAAAUUGUUAACUGGAUGGGUUGGGAACCCUUCAAGAUUACGUACACCAGUGAUUAUUUCCAAGAAUUUUAUGAUUUGGCAGUCGAAUUGAUUCGGAGAGGUCAUGCUUAUGUUGAUCAUCAGAAUGCUGAAGAGAUAAAAGAUUACAGAGAAGAAAAUGAAUGGUCCCUGGAGGGACAGGCCGAUUGA